GUUUCAUUUCCAUUUCAUCGCGCUACGCUUAAAGCUUCGAGAUCCGAAAUUCAUACCGCAACCGACCCGCGACACCGGACGAAGUUUUGACGCGGGACCAAAAAUAUAAAAAAAAUCACGGCAAAAAUGAAGGUUUGCUGUAUUGGGGCUGGCUAUGUCGGCGGUCCGACAUGUGCGGUAAUGGCACUCAAGUGUCCCGACAUUGUCAUAACCCUUGUGGAUAAAAGUUCGGAGCGCAUUGCACAGUGGAAUUCGGAUAAAUUGCCCAUUUACGAGCCUGGCCUGGAUGAGGUGGUAAAGAAAUGCCGCAAUGUGAAUCUGUUCUUCUCCACGGACAUUGAAACGGCCAUCAAGGAGGCGGACCUCAUAUUCAUAUCGGUCAACACGCCCACAAAAACUUGCGGCAAUGGCAAAGGACGUGCAGCGGAUCUGAAGUAUGUGGAAAGUGCAGCGAGAAUGAUUGCUGAAAUCGCGCAAUCCAACAAGAUUGUGGUGGAGAAGAGCACGGUGCCAGUGCGCGCAGCGGAGAGCAUUAUGCACAUACUCAGGGCCAACCAGAAGCCGGGCAUUCAUUACGAUAUCCUGUCCAAUCCGGAGUUCCUGGCGGAGGGCACGGCCAUCAAUGAUCUGCUGAAUGCGGAUCGUGUGCUGAUCGGGGGAGAGGAGACAACCGAGGGCCAUGAGGCGGUGGCCAAGCUGUCGUGGAUCUACGAGCAUUGGAUACCCAAGCAGAACAUUCUCACAACGAACACGUGGAGCAGCGAACUGUCCAAGCUGGCGGCGAAUGCCUUUCUCGCGCAGCGCAUCUCCAGCAUCAACUCGCUGUCGGCGGUGUGCGAGGCCACCGGGGCAGACGUGUCGGAGGUGGCUCGUGCUGUGGGCCUGGACUCGCGCAUUGGCUCGAAGUUCCUGCAGGCGUCGGUGGGCUUUGGCGGCAGCUGCUUCCAGAAGGACAUUCUGAAUUUGAUUUACAUUUGCGAGAAUCUGAAUCUGCCGGAGGUGGCGGCCUACUGGCAGCAGGUGAUCGACAUGAAUGACUACCAGAAGCGUCGCUUCUCGCAGAAGAUCAUCGAGAGUCUGUUCAACACGGUGUCGGACAAGCGGAUUGCCAUCCUGGGCUUUGCCUUCAAGAAGAACACGGGCGACACACGCGAAACGGCGGCCAUAACCGUCUGCCAGACGCUGCUCGAGGAGGGCGCCAAGCUGGACAUUUACGACCCCAAGGUGGAGCCCGAGCAGAUCAUCGAUGACCUAACGCAUCCCAGCGUCACGGAGUCGCCCGAGAACGUGAAGAAAGCGGUGCAAAUCCACAGCGAUCCGUACAGCGCUGUGCGUGCCACGCACGCCCUCGUCAUCUGCACGGAGUGGGAUGAGUUUGUGGACUUGGAUUUCCAGCGCAUCUAUCAGUCGAUGAUGAAGCCGGCUUACAUCUUUGACGGACGCAAGAUCCUCGAUCACGAGCGACUGCAUCAGAUCGGUUUCCAUGUGCAGACCAUUGGCAAAAAGUAUCAGCGGUCGGGCCUGCUACGCUCCUGGGGCAUUGUGCCGCAGCUGUAGGCACGAGGCAAGAGGCAGGAGGCAUUUACACUUAAAGUUUCCAGUAUUUACGCGACUAAUUUGUAAAUAUCCCUUAAACCCCUAACCAUAUCCAUAUUUGUAUCUAGACUCCCUUUGUGUUUGUUCGUUUUUUAUGUAGUUACAAGUAUUCCGCCCAAAAGGGUAGCUGGUAGGUGCUCCUUUAGGCACUCUCCUUUGAACCGUAUUUGUAUUCCUAUUAGCCAGCCCCCCACUGCGAGGUUCGCCAGUUGCAAUAUUAAACUCCUACAAGCAUAAGCACAUUAUCUGUAUAUGGCUCAUUAAAAACGCAAAGCAUUUACA